AGCUGCUCUUCCCCUCCCUCAUAAAUUCAACCCUAAUAAAAUGAAUCCUAAUAAAAUUCCUUCUCUACUAGCUUUUUACUUCUCAAAUACCUCACUUGGUUAAGGUUCCCUUCCCUCGGCCAUCCCUCUCUCUAAGCCCGCCUUCCCCCCCUCAGCCGCCCUUCUCCGCCUCAUAGAUUUAACCCUAAUACAACUAUCUUUUGCUUUCCCCUGCUCUCAGAUACUGCUUUCCUCAGCCCUCCUUCCCUCUUCCCCCCCAUAAAUUUAACCAAAUAAAUGCCCUUCUCUCACAUUCCCUUCCCUCAGCCGCCCUUUCCUUUCCCCACAGCUGCCCUUCUCUUCCCUCAUAAGUUCAACUCUAAUAAAAUUCCCUGAACCUCCUUCAGACUCUUUGUCUCUCAAUGCCUCACUCCAAGUCCCCUUCCCUCAGCCGCCCUUCUCCUCCCUCAUAAAUUCAACCCCAAUAAGAUUAAUCCUAAUGCAAUUAUCUUUCCCACUCUCAGAUAGCUAUAAGACAAUCCCCUGAAUCUCCUUCAGUACCCUUUUCCUCUCAAAUGCCUCAUUCGAGGUGCCCUUCCCUCAGCCUUCCUUCCCUCUUCCCUCAGAUGCUCUUCUCCUCCCUCACAAAGAUUUCCUUCCCUCUCAGGUACUUCCUCUGAGGUGCCCUUCCCUCAGCCUUCCUUCCCUCUUCCCUCAGACCGCCCUUUUCUCCUCAGCCGCCCUUUCGUUCCCUCAUGAGCUCAACCCCAAUAAAACCAAAAGCAAACUUCCACGGCGGCGUCCCUCCGCCUUCCUCUCCCUCAGAAGUAUUUCCUCUCCCAGCCUUUCCCUUCCAUUCCUUUUUCCCGCCCUUCGUGGCGGUUCUGUGAGGCUCUGAGGCCGGAGGAGGAAGAGGAGGAGGCGGCGGCUCCUUGGUCUGAGGCUCCGCGGGGCUUCGGGGGCGGCCCACCGAAGGGGCGGGAAGAAGAAGCCCUCGCCUCCCUCUCCGCCUCUCGCCUUCCUUUUUCUUCCAGGACAACUUUAUUUAACGCCGAAGGAAGGAAGGCAGACGGAGGCGGCGCGUGAGGGGACUUUGGGUCGAAAAAGAAACUGAGGAGGAGGAGGAGAAGAAGAAGGACGAAGGAAGGCGCCCUCAAUUCCCCUCAGGAGGAGGACGACGGCAUUCAUAUCUAUCUUCUUCCUAUUUAUCCUCCUUCCAGCCACCACCAGCCUUCCCUCGGCACCUAGGACUCUUUUCCCCGCCUUGAAGGGGCAGAAGGGGAAGAGAGUGGCCUCAGUUUCCCCUCAGACUGAGGAGGAGGGAGAGGAGCAAAGUGGGGAGUGGGCUGCCCUGCGGCCCCCCUCCGCCAUGAGGGUCCGCCUGGCCAGGAAGGGCCCCUGGGUGGGCCGCAGCGGGGGCUGCCUGCUGCUGGGGCUCCUGGCCCUGGGGGCCGCCUUCUUCCUGGCCUCCCUAGCCCUCUCCGGCCUCCAGGUGCCCUCUUCUGUGGGGGGCUUCGGGGCAGACGGGGCCACGCGAGGAGGCAGAGGGCAGAGGCGCUUUCCGGAGGGGUCCGAGGAGGAGGAGGAGGGGGAGCUGGCCCGGCCGGUCUACCGCAAGGCGCCCCCGGACCCCCGGGCCUUGGGGGAGUGGGGCAAGGCGGCCCACUUGCAGCUCAGCCCCGAGGAGAAGAAGCUGGAGGAGGAGAUGGUGGAGCGCUACGCCAUCAACAUCCACCUGAGCGACAGGAUCUCCUUGCACCGCCACAUCCAGGACGGGCGCAUGGCCGAGUGCAAGGCCAAGGCCUACGACUACCGCCGGCUGCCCACCACCUCCGUGGUCAUCGCUUUCUACAACGAGGCCUGGUCCACGCUUCUCCGGACCAUCCACAGCGUGCUGGAGACCUCGCCGGCCGUCCUCCUCAAGGAGAUCAUCCUGGUGGAUGACCUCAGCGACAAGGCCUACCUGAAGAAUGAGCUCGAGAAGUACGUCAGCGGCCUGCGCAGGGUCCGCUUGAUCCGGACCAACAAGCGGGAAGGCUUGGUCCGGGCCCGGCUAAUUGGCGCCACCUUCGCCACAGGCGACGUCCUUACCUUCCUGGACUGCCAUUGCGAGUGUGUCCCCGGGUGGCUGGAGCCGCUUCUCCAGAGAGUGGCCGAGAACGAGAGCGUGGUCGUUUGCCCCGUCAUCGACACCAUUGACUGGAAUACCUUUGAGUUCUACAUGCAGUCGGGAGAGCCCAUGAUUGGCGGGUUUGAUUGGCGGCUGACGUUCCAGUGGCACUCGGUACCCGACUACGAGCGUCAAAGGCGGAAGUCUAAAACUGACCCCAUAAGGUCCCCGACCAUGGCUGGCGGCCUGUUUGCGGUCAGUAAAAAGUACUUUGAGUACCUUGGUACCUAUGACAUGGGGAUGGAUGUCUGGGGAGGGGAGAACCUGGAGCUCUCCUUCAGGGUCUGGCAGUGCGGAGGCAUACUGGAAAUCCAUCCUUGUUCGCACGUGGGGCACGUGUUUCCUAAGCGGGCUCCGUAUGCCAGGCCCAACUUCCUCCAGAACACGGCGCGGGCGGCGGAAGUGUGGAUGGACGAGUACAAAGAGCACUUCUACAACAGGAACCCUCCCGCGCGCAAAGAGAACUACGGAGAUCUCUCGGAGAGAAAACUCCUCAGGAAGCACUUGAAGUGCAAGAACUUUGACUGGUAUUUGAAAAACAUCUUUCCCCAUUUGCACGUUCCUGAGGAUCGGCCAGGCUGGCACGGCGCAAUCCACAGCAUGGGCAUCUCCUCAGAGUGCCUAGACUACAAUUCGCCCGAACACAACCCGACGGGGGCCCAUGUGAGUCUCUUCGGGUGCCACGGCCAAGGAGGGAACCAGUUCUUCGAGUACACCUCACAUCAAGAGAUCAGGUUUAACUCUGUGACCGAGCUCUGCGCCGAGGUGCCUGAGCAAAAGGAUUUUGUAGGCAUGAGAAAUUGCCCCAAAGAUGGCACUCCCAUCCCAGAAACCAUUAAAUGGCAUUUUAGAGAUGAUGGGACCAUUUAUCAUCCCCAUUCAGCAAAGUGCCUUAGCGCUUACCGUACCCCCGAGGGUCGAGCUGAUGUUCAAAUGAGGACAUGUCACGCGGGAGACAAAAACCAAGUGUGGAAGUUUGAGAAAUAGGGUAGCAAUUGGCGUCUUUCUGCGUGGCAGAAGGGGCUUGGACCGGGUGGCCCUUGAGGCCUUUUCAACUCUAUGGUUCUAGUCCAGGGUUUCUCAAUCAAGGUUCCCUGCAACCCUAGAGUCCCACAAGUUGUCCUUAGGCUGUUCUAAUGACAAGCAAGUUCCGCAAGUUAUCCACAAGGGAUUGUGAUUGCGGGGGGGGGGGAAUCAACAUUUUUGGAGCUGUAGAUAUAAUACCUUUUUAUGCAGAGAUUAUCUGAGACCUGAACAAUAUUUCAAGGGUUCCUCCGAGAUAAAAAGGCUGAGAGAGGCUGGCCUAGUCUCUGUCCAAAAGUACUGUCUCUUGAGUAUUGAAAGGGACCUUUUAGCACCUUUGAGACUGAGAGAAAGAUGUAGGCAGCAUAAGCUUUCAUAGGGCUUUGUCAC